AUGUCUUCUGUGGCCAACAUGGUGUACCUACACGACUAUCGUGCAACCCAAGAUCCACUCAGAAGCAUGGUAGCACCAACGACCUGGUGGCAAAUCGAACAAAACUUCUGCCUCAUAGCCAGUAUAGCAAUCCGUCUGCGAACACCUUACGAGACAUUGUUGGCUAGAUUCGGAUUGAUCUGCCAGGUCAGGACGAACUUCUCAGAUCGCCAGCGAUUGAACCGCCUCGAGGAUGGGUCACAGGUGCUCAAGAGUUUGAAGACAACUAUACCUUGGGGAUUGGUACAUGACUCUGAAGCACACCUACCGAACAUCGUUAAGACGACUGAAGUUGUGCAUUCGACUGAGCUGUUGAGGAGUGAUGAAUCGCAGCUCGGGACACCAGCUAGGAGACCUUCGUGGCAGUAG